GUUAAUUGUGACACUCGUAAUAGGUCAUAAAAUUUGUGCCUGCAUAGUGCGGGUAAAUAUUAUUGGCGCAGAAAAUCUUGGCCAGUACCACUGAACGCCCCUACCUGAACGUGUCUGAAAACGGGCAAAAUGCAACCAUCCAAUCCAUUAGCUGUACUCGCUGUGAUCUUAGGCCUAAGUAGCGCUGUCCUGGCGCUGCCGACGCCUCGGGUGGAGACGGAUCCAGAGCUGACUGCAGGCUAUUAUCAAGGCGACAUCGUGUUGGAUGAUGAACGUGAGCGUACCGGCUUGAGAAAUGAAAGCUACCGCUGGCCCGAUCGCAUUGUCUUCUACCACAUAAAUUCUUACAUUGAUCAGGAACACCGUGAUCAUAUCUUGCGCGGCAUUCGCAUCAUUGAGGAGAACUCUUGUCUGAUCUUCAAGGAGGCAACCAUCGAUCAGCCGAACUAUGUGAAUGUUACCUCUGAAAAUGGUGGGUGCUUCUCUUACGUGGGCAAACGAAGCACCGUCCAGCAGCUCAAUUUGCAGAACUAUGCAUUGGACACGGGCUGCUUCCGCCUGGGCACAAUAGUGCACGAGUUUUUGCACGCACUGGGAUUCUAUCACCAGCAGAGUGCCGCUGAUCGUGAUGACUAUGUGACUAUUGUCGAGGAGAAUAUCCUGGAAGGCACGGAGCAUAAUUUCAACAAAUACAACGAGACCGUUGUGAACGACUUUGGUGUGGAGUACGACUACGGCAGCGUUAUGCACUACACGGCCUACGCAUUUACCGCAAACGGCCUAAUGACAAUUGUGCCUAAACAAGAGGGCGCCGAGGAUAUUAUGGGACAGCGUUUGCAGAUGAGCGAGGCGGAUAUCAAUAAACUCAAUCUGAUGUAUAAGUGUCCGCGUAAAGUCUGAGUUGCUGCUCAUGUACAACAAAUAAUUAUCUUCUCCUCCAAAUGCAAUGAAA